AUGGAAAAUGUUUCCAAUAUGGCAUAUCUUACUCUCAGCGGAUAUGUGGAAUUAAACAAGUACAGAUAUGUUUUCUUCACAGUUACUCUCAUUCUGUAUAUUCUUAUCAUCUGUAGCAAUACUGUUCUUAUUUCACUUAUUUAUGCCCACAAAAGCCUCCAUGAGCCCAUGUACAUUUUUAUUGCAGCUUUAUUUGUGAAUGCUCUCUUUGGGACAAGUGCCCUCUACCCAAAACUCCUGAAUGACUUUUUGUCUGACACUCAAGUCAUUUCUUACCCUGCCUGUACAGUCCAAGCUUUUGUAGUUUAUGCAUACGCAACAGCAGAGUUCACACUACUGUCCACAAUGGCUUAUGACCGAUAUAUAUCCAUUUGUAAACCAUUACAAUAUGCAACUAUCAUGAAAAUGUCAACUGUUAAAAAGCUUUUGUUUUUUGCUUGGAUUGUUCCUGCUUUUGAAAUUAGUAUUAUGACCAUGUUGACCAACAGACUUACACUAUGUAAAUUUCAAUUAAACAGAGUUUACUGUGACAACUAUUCAAUUGUAAAGUUAAGUUGUGAGGAUACAACAGUAAAUAAUAUCUAUGGUAUAUUUGUAUUAAUAAUUGCAGUGUUUCCUGCUUUAUUUUUCAUUGUUUUUUCAUACAUUAAAAUACUUGUAAUUUGUCACACAAGUUCAAAGGAAACCAGAAAAAAAGCCUUACAGACAUGUCUGCCACAUCUUUUGGUUUUUAUUAACUUUUCUAUUAAUAGUGUUUUUGAAAUAGUUCAUCAUAGGCUCCAGUCGAAUGUUCCACAUAUUAUCAGAAUGGUAAUGUCAGUAGAAUUUCUAGUUAUUCCUCCACUUUUUAACCCUGUUAUUUAUGGUUUGAAACUACAAGAGAUUGGUAAAAGACUAAGAAAACUUUUCUGCUUUAAAAGUCAGUUGUUGGAGAUUCCAAAUUCUAGUCUAUGA